AUGCGUAAAGUACUAGACAGUGGAGCUACAAAAGAAGCACCUUCUUCCUCGGAAUCAGAUGACCCUUGCUGGUAUCUACCAUUUUUUGGCGUACAAAAUCCGAAAAAACCAGGACAAGUCAGAGGGGUGUUUGAGUCAUCGGCGGUCUUUGAAGGGACGUCCUUAAAUGAAUACAGGGUGGCGGCCCAUGUAUUCGGGAACAGCCCAUCUCCAGCCAUAGCGACGUAUGGUCUUCGUAAAACUGUGGAAAAUGCUGACUUGGACGUGAAGGACUCUGUCAAUCGCAAUUUUAAUGUAGACGAUAGGCUAAUUUCCCUACCUUCCGAGACUGAUGCCAUCAGUCUUAUGAAACGCACACAGUCUACAAUACAGAUUGAAGGCAAGUUGAGAUUUCACAAGAUUACCUCAAAUAAAAGAAAUGUCAUGGAUGCAUUUGAUCCAAGUGACCAUGGUGAAAAUCUGAAAGAAAUAGACAGUGAUGACACAGUACACGGAAGUCUUGGAUUGUGCUGGAGUCUUAAUGACGACACGUUCCGAUUCACUAUUCCAGCGGAAGAGAAGCCAUUCACACGUCUUGGCAUCCUUUCGCAUGUAAACAGUUUAUUUGACCCCUUAGGAUUUAUCGCUCCGAUAACCUUAAGUGGAAAGAUCCUCCUAAGAGAAGUGACCUCUACAGGAGCCGACUUGGACAAACCUUUACAAUCGGAACAUCUUCAAAAAUGGACAGAGUGGAUAUCAUCUCUUCAGAUCCUGUAA